AUGGAAAAUUCAUAUACCAUUAUUGAUGCAGAUAUCACAUACUCUAUAUUAAAAGACGGAGUUUCUGUAGAUGAUAUUAGGAAAAUAAUUAGCGAUCGAGUUGAAAAAGGUAUUGGUCAAUCAACUAGCCAAGAGAGUCAAAAUUUUAUAUGGUGGCCAACAAGAGUAAAAGAUUUGUAUCAAAUUAUUGAUAGUGAAACAUAUAUGUGCACUUCAGUACAUGCCAGGCAUAUUAAAAGAGCCCUUGAUUUAAUAACAGAAAAUGCUGAUUUGCAGCAAACUCAUAUGCUCUUAAUUCUCGAUGCAACAAUCGAGGGCAUGGCACGUAAACUUACAUAUUAA